AUGGCAGAUGGUACUCGGAUGAAUCAGAUGGCAGAAAAUAUAGCGGGAAUCAGGAAGCAGCUCGAGAAGCAUGAUAAAGAAUUGGAGCGAGUUGAGAACCAAGGAAAACAGCUUUGUGCUGAUUUGAAACAGGAUAAUGAGAAAAGGUUUGAAGAAUUGAUGUUCAAACUUACUCAUCUUACUGAUGUAAUGGAAAAGCAAAGGAGUCCAAAAGCAUUGAAGCUUGGAGGUGAUACAAUUGGCAAAACAUCAGGAGUUGAAGAGAAGAAUUCACAGUUUGUUUCACAAACUGCGGGGGGAAAGAAUAAAGAGGUGUUGAGAGAGGAAGUUGAUUUAAAUGGAGGGAAUGGUUCAGUACCUUGGCAUAGAAGAGAGGAAGUUGAUGUACCUGGAGGAAGUGGUCCAGCACCAUGGCAGCGAAGAUCUCAUUUUCCUCAACAUUAUGGAGAGUCUCCUCAGUUUCCUCAUAUGGAGAACAGAGAGGGAAGGGGGCACUGGCAGCAAGGCUUGUAUGAUGAGUAUAAUUCAUUAGCCCCAGAAGGAAAGCUGGAGGGCAGAUAUUUCCCACAUGCACAGAGGCACAUGAGAAGGCAGUAUACAGAAGAUAGAGCCUAUAGAGGUGAUCAACAAGGGGAUGAUCAAUUGGCUAUUAUAACCAGGUCAGUAAGAAUUGAAUUUCCUAAGUUUGAUGGUAUUGAUCCUUCUGGUUGGAUUUAUAAGGCCAAUAAAUUCUUUCAUGUUCAUAACACUUCUGAUUACCAGAAGUUUUUGCUUGCUUCUAUUCAUAUGGAAGGCAAAGCAUUAGUUUGGUUUCAAGACAUGGAAAUGUCGGGUUGCUUGCAUAAUUGGACUGUUUUAACUCAGGCACUAUUAGAAAGGUUUGGACCUUCGGGGUAUGAUGAUCCUAUGGAAGCUCUUUCUAAACUGAAACAGACCACUAGUGUUGAUGAUUAUAAGGAGAGAUUUGAGGCUUUGUCCAAUAGAGUGAGGGGAAUUGAUGAUCACAAUAGGGUGAGCUGUUUCUUAGGAGGGUUGAAAGAUGAAAUCAGGCUUCCUGUUCGAAUGUUUAAGCCUCAGUCCCUGUUAGCAGCUUAUGGUUUGGCUAAGGUUCAGGAAGAACAUGUAUUAAAUGGGAGAAGGUUUAAGGGUUCUGGUGGAAAUUUUUCAAGCCCUAGCAUACCACGGGGUGGGGGGGUUAAUAGUCAGAAUUUAACCUUAGGAACUCCUAAAGCCACAGUUCCUGUCCAAAAAAUUUCUCAAGCACAGAUGGAGGAUAGGAGGAGAAAGGGAUUGUGUUAUAAUUGUGAUGCUAAAUGGCAAUAUGGGCAUAAAUGCCAAAACCCUAAACUCUUUCUGUUAGAAGGAUUGGAUGAGUUAGAGGUGUUACCUAACAUGGAAAUGGAGAAGGAGGAUUUGAUGGAGGUUAGCUAUGCUGAAGAGAAUCCUGAAACCUCUUUACAUGCUAUUACAGGCAGUCAACAUCCUAAAACUAUGAGACUUGUAGGAUGGAUUGGAACUUUGAAAAUUAUGAUUUUAGUGGACAGUGGCAGUACUCAUAAUUUUGUAGAUUCCUCAAUCUGCAAGAAAAUUAGUAUGUCAAUAUGUAGAGAGCAGAGGAUCAAAGUGAAGGUGGCUAAUGGGGAAGAGAUUUUAAGUGAAGGGAAGUGCACUAAUCUGACAGUUCAGCUUAAGGAAUUCUCUUUUUUAACUGAAGCAUUUGUCAUUAUGUUAGCUGGUUGUGACAUGGUUUUAGGAAUUCAGUGGUUGGUAACCUUGGGGUCAAUCACUUGGAAUUUCAAAGAUUUAACCAUGGAGUUUACUUUGGGGCAGAAAGUAAUUUUGUUACAAGGGUUGGUUGCCCCACAAUUAUGGGAGGAGGCACAAAUGGAUAACUCUAUGCAGAAACAUUCGAAAGGAUUGCUGUUACAGUUGCUUGACAGUGUGGAGGAUACAGAAGCAGUACCUAAAGGGUCAGAAUUGGAAGGUUUACUAGCUGAGUUUUCUGACAUCUUUGCUGAACCUAAGAGUUUACCACCUCAUAGGUCUCAAGACCAUGCAAUUGUGUUGAAGUCAGAAGCUAAACCAGUUUGUGUGAGGCCUUAUAGGUAUCCGUACUUUCAGAAAACAGAAAUUGAGAAAAUAGUUAAGGAGCUAUUGGAGUCGGGGGUUAUUAAGCCAUCUCAAAGUCCUUUUUCUUCUCCUGUGUUGUUGGUAAGGAAGGCUGAUGGCUCUUGGCGGAUGUGUAUGGAUUAUAGGGCUUUAAACAAUGAAACAAUCAAGGAUAAGUUCCCUAUUCCUGUGAUUGAUGAGUUAUUGGACGAAUUACAUGGCUCUAGGGUAUAUUCUAAGUUGGAUUUGAGGUCAGGAUAUCAUCAGAUUCGGGUGAAGAAGGAAGAUGUACAUAAAACAGCAUUCAGAACACAUGAGGGUCACUAUGAGUUCUUGGUCAUGCCCUUUGGUUUAACCAAUGCACCAUCAACUUUUCAAAGUUUGAUGAAUGACAUUUUCAGGCCAUAUUUGAGGAAAUUUAUUUUGGUGUUUUUUGAUGAUAUCUUGGUUUACAGUCCUAAUAUGGAUCUACAUUUGCAACAUCUGCAAGUUACCUUGGAAGUUUUGAGGUCUCAUCAGUUGUUUGCUAAGAGAAGUAAGUGUAGAUUUGGCUGCUCUGAAGUUGACUACUUAGGUCAUCUGAUUUCAGCUGAAGGAGUGAGGGUUGAUAGCAAGAAGUUAUCUGCUAUGGCAGAGUGGCCUAGACCUAAGUCUUUGAAAGCUUUAAGGGGAUUCUUAGGUCUUACAGGAUAUUACAGGAAAUUUGUUAAAGGUUAUGGUUCUAUUGCAGCACCAUUAACUGAUUUGUUAAAAAAGAAUGCUUGGCAGUGGAGUGAAAUGGCUGAAACAGCAUUUGAAGAAUUGAAAAAAGCUGUGGUGAGUCCUCCGGUGCUGGUUUUACCAGAUUUCAAUUUACCAUUUGUAAUUGAAUGUGAUGCUUCAGGUAGAGGAAUUGGGGCAGUUUUGAUGCAACAACAGAGGCCAAUAGCUUUUUUCAGUCAGGCAGCCUAA